GAUUCUUCAAAUGGAUCCUCUCAGCGCUAGAGAGACACACAGGGGUGUGUGAUCCUCAGCAGAUGAAGAAUUAUUGUAUUAAACAGCCAUCGUUUCAGUGUCUUAACCAUAGAGACACUGCAACCUCGACUGAUUUCCAUAAAGCCAUAAUGUAUUUGUAGUACGAGAAGAAGAAAAAUGUUCGUGGACACGGCAUUAGUCGUUAUUUCUUCAUUGAUGGGAUUGCACGUCACAGGGGGCAUCUCUGUGGACAAUGAAGUUUAUCAGAGACCGCAUCGGCGCUUGGCUAACGGAUUGACUGGCCCUGUAUACCAGCACAUGGGUGUUCUCGGUCAGGAAAAGGCUUUAGGAUUUAAUGGGGAAUUGCUUCAGGCCCAGUCCCGUGGACGGCUGGCAAAGCUGAUGCCCGCAGGGUUUCUACGAUCCCAUUUCCAGAGAGCUCCACAGAGGCAAUCAGAUGUCAGCUUCCUGCAAAACACUGACCAUGUGGAGAACAAGCCUGUAUCUGCCCACCAUACGGUCACAAUGGAGGAGAAUGAUGACAUCGAGCUGUACGUGUCGUCUGUCGGAGCAUCAGAACCUGUGGCUCAUGAGGAAAUGAUCCGAUUGCUCAACAUCAACACCCUUCACCACAGCUCUGGGCCGCUUGCCACCACUGAAGCAUCCACUGAGAAGACCGUUUUCAAAGACCACCAUGAGAAGAACAGCGUUUGGGGUAAAGACGGCUUCUAUGUGCUGGUUAUCUGCCUCACAGUAUUCAUCAUCGUCGUCACCUGUUUAAUGGUGCUUUACCGAAUAAAGGAGAAGGAAUUCUUGGAUCAUCAGCUCAAAGACCCAUCCCCGCCCAGCCGGGACAUACAGCUGGCACCCAUCCCUGUUCAUGGUGCUCAGCCCCCUCUGACCCUCAAGAACAGUAUGGUCCAGGCCAACCAGACGUCCAAACCCAGUGCCACCCUUUCUACCAGCAGCACAAGCGCCCCAUCCUGUAACAUCAGCAUCCAUCCGACUCAUUCCAGCGUGACGGCGUCAGAGCCGCAGUGCCCACCUGGACACUCUGUGGCUGAACUCAAACCCACUGUGUCCUCCACACAUUCACCCUUCAGGAUGAAGUCUGUUGCAGGCCUGCAGGAGCGACGUGGAUCUAAUGUCUCGCUGGUGCUGGACAUGAGUGCUUUGGGUUCCGUUGAGCCUUUGAGUAGUGGGGUCGUGACCCCACGUGAGCGUGCCACUCAGGAAUACCUGCAGUCAGCCAGUCGGGUCCUCUCACGGCAUCAGCUUCGUGACAUCACUCUGAACACACCGCUGCUGCAUGCAGAGUUUGCCGAAAUUCCAAUGAACUUUGUGGAUCAGAAAGAACUGGAUAUCCCAAAUCAUGGAUCAAAGAAUAGAUACAAGACCAUUUUGCCAAAUCCACAUUCCAGAGUUAUUCUGAAGAGUAAGAACUCAAACGACCUGCUCAGCAGUUACAUUAAUGCCAACUACAUAAGAGGCUAUCUCAAAGAUGAGAGAGCCUUCAUUGCCACUCAGGGUCCAAUGAUCAAUACGGUGAAUGACUUCUGGCAAAUGGUCUGGCAAGAGGACUGCCCUAUCAUCAUCAUGAUUACUAAACUGAAAGAAAAAAAUGAAAAAUGUGUUCUGUACUGGCCUGAGAAGAGGGGGAUCUAUGGAAGGGUGGAGGUCUUAGUUAAUAAUGUGAAGGAAUGUGACCACUAUAUAAUCCGCUCCCUUACACUAAAGCAAGGAGGCCAGAGUCGUAAAGUGGAGCACUACUGGUAUACCUCAUGGCCGGACCAUAAGACCCCAGAGAGCGCUGGACCCCUGCUGCAGUUAGUUAAUGAUGUUGAGGAGGACAGGAGAGGCUUUACAUCCCGUGGGCCGGUUAUUGUACAUUGCAGCGCUGGAAUUGGUCGGACAGGGUGUUUCAUAGCCACGUCAAUCGGCUGUCGUCAGUUGGAGUUGAAGGGAGUUGUGGAUGUGCUGGGAAUUGUGUGCCAACUUCGGACAGACAGGGGUGGAAUGAUCCAAACGGAGGAACAAUAUGAAUUUGUGCAUCAUGUCUUGAGUCUCUAUGAAAGCCGCCUUCCUGUGGAGCCUGGACCGUGAACAGCUAGAGGAGCUUCAUCGUUCAUACCAAGAGAUCUGCUAUUGCCAUGAGCUUUCUGAUUCAGGAGAGGAGACCGCAGAUAAUGUUUGUGAAGAUGGAUCUUUGUGGAAUUUUGUUCUGUGCGUGUCAAGGCAAGGGUUGCACACAUCACAACUGCCGGCAAAUGUAUUUCUUGGCAUAUUUUUUAAAUAGCCACUUCCGUGCUUUCCAAGGCCACUAGUGUUAAGUGUCACUGUACAAGGUCUAGUUCCACUAAACAAUGCUUUUUAAAAACAGUAUACACAGCAUAACAUUUUUUAUAUCAUUUUCCUUCAUUUUAUCUGAAUAUAGGCUUAAAUAUUGGUAAGUAAUGGUUUGUAGGCAUAUUUUAUUCUGCUGAUGCUGAACACAAUUUUUAAAUAUUCAGACUGUGGUUCCUGUGUUUCUGCUACUGAAUCUACAGUGGCGCAACAUAAUAUUUAGUUUGAGCUGCGGUUCACAGUCUGAACUGAAUGUUAUGAGAAAAGGACUGGAUGCCUCAGAAUUUCUUUUGCGUUGGCACUGCUGAAUUCACAAAACAACAGCAAACCCAGAACAAAUGACUUUUUUGAGUGGAUUCCUUUAAAUAACUAACUCACUAAAUCUGUCACUGAUUCUUAAGUGGAUCCUGAAUGAUUAAGUGGCUUAAAAAAAAGAGAAUCAAGAGGAAAAAAACAAACGAAUUUGAACAAAUAUCCAGUCAUGAUUCAUGACAGCUAUGAAACCAAAAUAAACAACACCACAACACAUUUGGGGAAAAAAUAUUUCAAAUUUAAGAGGUUUUACUUGUGUAUUAUAAUUAUGAAAUAUUCAUAUUAAUGCAUACACAGUUUUAGUGUGAACGUUCAUGUAUGCUGGGACCACAAGGGUUUUGCUGCUAAUACUGCAUUCGUUUAUGGCUUUAGGAAUUAAAUAUGUUGUAUGAAAGUGAAUAUUUCUAAUACAUUCGUUUUCUAUCGUAUUUAUUAUUCUGAAAAUGAUUGUUACUAUUACCUGAUACUUUUAUAAACCAUGGUUAUUGUCAGUGUGCACUGUAAUGCUAUAUAUUUUCCACUGUGUGGGCUUAAUGUUAGGCAGUCAGUGACUUUUCCUAUUUAUGCUCAAUGAUGAUUAAUGUUAAUGGAAUUUUGUAAAUAAUAAACGAUCUAUCAUAACCACAAUAACAAGAUUAUAAGCUGCACAUAUAAAUGCCUCAGACAGUGAGGGUAGUAGUAUAAGCAACCCAAACUAAUGAUCUGAGCUGUUUUUAUAUAAUACUUUUGUUGUGGUCGAACUGAUUAGUAAUGUGUAUUGGUACAGUAUGUAUAUUAGAAAUGCGUAACUUAGAAGUUUAACUUUAAGAACUAUAAACUUUAGAAGCUAUUGGUUAAUGCUAUACAGAGAGUUCUUUCCAUUUCCAUUGUGUGUUUGGUCCUAUAACAAUGUUAAACCGUCACCUUAAGCCAUAAUAUCUCAUGUUUACAUUCUUGGCACUGCAAGUUCAUCCAAUAUGCCCAUCUGUUAUUACCUCCGUCAUGUGAAAAGUGUUUUUGUAAAGUGAAACAGGAAUUAUGAUUCUGACUUUAUGGUCAUUACUGCCAAUAAAUGAACCUGGGUUGUCAA